UUUUAUUUUAAAUAUUAUUAAUAUUUAUCUCAAAUUUCCAGACAUUACAUUUUUUUUAAUUUUUUUUUUACUUUAUACCUCCAAUUUUUUAACCCAGAAACUCACAAAAAUGAACUUUCAAACACCAGGAGCGUCCCCAGCCAGGUGUGCCUCCAGCCCCAGAUGUUUAAAUCAUUAAAGCAAACUGACUUUCGGUGAUUUCAUUUUUGUUUUUUCCUCUGAAGGUUUGAGAUUAAAGCGUCACCUGUUGCUGCGUCUCCUCCACUCAGACAACCGCGAUUUGCGCUCUGGAGACGCAAAAAAAACAAAAAACAAACAGAAAAAGAGAACAUAAUCCAUAUCACACCUCCGCAGUUCAUUCAUUCUCAAAGCAAAAAGAAAAAAAAAGAAAAGCAACCCGCGCCAGGAGCGUUUGGAGUGCGUAAAUCGGCGCUGCGCUUUUUACGCACAAGAAAAUAAUCAACAAAUCAACAAAAACUUGUGACCCAGAGUUUAAUUUUUAUUUUUUCGUCAUCCUCCUCAUCAUGCUGUUCGACAGCUUCGACUUGAUCUCGGCUCUGGCCACGCUGGCCGCCUGCCUGGUGUCCAUGGCGCUGCUGGUCGCCGUGUCCCAGCAGCUCUGGCAGCUCCGGUGGACGGCCACCCGGGACAAGAACUGCAAGCUGCCGAUGCCCAAAGGCUCCAUGGGCUUCCCCUUCAUCGGAGAGACCUGCCACUGGCUGCUGCAGGGUUCGGGCUUCCACGCAUCGCGAAGGCAGAAAUACGGCAACGUGUUCAAGACCCACCUGCUCGGCCGACCUCUGAUCCGAGUGACGGGGGCCGAAAACGUCCGGAAGGUUCUGAUGGGCGAGCACACGCUGGUGACGGUGGACUGGCCGCAGAGCACGUCGACGCUGCUGGGACCCAACUCUCUGGCCAACAGCAUCGGAGACAUCCACCGCAGGAGGAGGAAGGUGUUCGCCAAAGUGUUCAGCCAUGAAGCGUUGGAGUCCUACCUCCCAAAAAUCCAGCAGGUCAUCCAAGAGAGCCUCCGAGUGUGGAGCUCCAACCCCGAGCCCAUCAACGUCUACAGGGAGAGCCAGCGGCUGUCGUUCACCAUGGCCGUCAGGGUGCUGCUGGGAUUCAGGGUGUCGGAGGAGGAAAUGAGGCUCCAGUUCUCCACCUUUCAGGACUUUGUCAACAACCUCUUCAGCCUCCCAAUCGACCUGCCGUUCAGCGGCUACCGCAAGGGAAUCCGAGCAAGAGACACGCUUCAGAAAAGCAUAGAGAAAGCCAUCAGAGAAAAGCCUCUGUGUUCCCAGGGGAAGGAUUACAGCGACGCGCUGGACGUCCUGAUGGAGAGCGCCAAGGAGAACGGCACAGAGCUCAGCAUGCAGGAGCUCAAGGAAUCAACCAUCGAGCUGAUCUUCGCUGCCUUCGCCACCACCGCCAGCGCUAGCACCUCCCUGAUCAUGGCGCUCCUCCGCCACCCUCAGGUUCUGGAGCGCCUCCGGGAGGAGCUGAGGGGCCGGGGCCUCCUCCACAACGGCUGCCUCUGUCCUGAACAAGAGCUGAGGCUGGACAACAUCAUCAGCCUCAAGUACCUGGACUGUGUCAUCAAGGAGGUGCUGAGGCUGUACACGCCGGUCUCCGGCGCCUACAGAACAGCAAUGCAGACCUUCGAACUAGAUGGAGUUCAGAUUCCCAAAGGCUGGAGUGUGAUGUACAGCAUUCGGGACACUCACGACACAGCUGCCGUCUUCAAAGACGUGGAAGCCUUCGAUCCCGACCGCUUCAGUCAGGAGCGGAGCGAAGACAAGGAGGGCCGCUUCCACUACCUGCCGUUUGGCGGCGGCGUUCGCUCCUGUCUGGGAAAGCAACUCGCCACGCUUUUCCUGCGCAUCCUGGCCAUCGAGCUGGCCAGCACCAGCCGCUUUGAGCUGGCCACUCGCCAGUUCCCGCGCGUCAUCACGGUCCCCGUGGUUCACCCCGUCGACGGGUUAAAGGUCAAGUUCUACGGCCUGGACUCCAAUCAGAACGAGAUCUUGGCGAAGUCAGACGAGCUGCUGGGAGCGACGGUUUAGUAAGGGCGGCUGCUCAUGAGGGUUGGGUGGGGAAGUUCAGAGAUUUAAGUCUUUAGGGAGAAGAUUGAUGGAAGGAAACAAUAAUUUCAGAAAGAUUUGUCCUUCUUCACCUUUGUUCUGCCAGAUUGGAGCGUUCUUUCAGACUCUUCUAACAAAUGGUUAUCAGGACUCUUCUUUAAGAAAGGAGGAAACUGCCAAAAAACUUUUUAAAUAUGCUCUAUUCUGUGUAUUUUCUGAAGAAAUAUACUUACAAAAUAUGUACAAAAAGCUAUCUAAUAUAAUUUGAAUGGGAGUGGUGCACAACAGACUUUUGGUGAAAUGAAGAGUUGAGAUGAGAACAGUGACGGUGUUUUAGAGAGAGGCGGGAGAUAAAACAGGGUAUAGAGAGAAGGAAUAUAAUUUUCAACCAUUUUGCUUGUGCUUAAAUUCAAUAAAUCAUUUUCAGUUGACUUGCAGGGUAAAAGAGAUGGAUUAUAUGGAAACAGAGUUUUUCUUAUCGGCGAAUAUUUAACCUGGCACCCAUGUGCUAAAAUGUGUAAUAUCUGAUACAGGGAUGAAUAUUUAAAAAACAACAAGGACAAAAUUGCUUUGAUUGAUUGGAUACGUUAAGCAUACAAUACAUUUUAAAAUAGAAACAGUUGAGUUUUAUUAGAAUUACCUAAAAGAGAAAACGAGUAACAUAUUCUUUAAAAGCAAACCGGAUAAAGAAUAACCAGGCAGUCUAACAGCAGCUUGAUUUGAAAACAAACUGUUUAAUUUGGUUUGUUUUAUUUAUAUCCUGUUUGGUUUGCCUUUUUAAAAAAAAUCAAAUCUAUUGUUAGGUUUAUGAAAAGCCUUCUUCAUUAACCUUAAUAACUAAGUCUUCUUCUUUGGAAAUAAAAUUGUUAAGCUGUAGGAACCAAAUGCACCUGGUUAGGGUUAAUGAACUGAGCCUACUUAGUUUGGCUUAAGAGCUAAUUCUGCUAGGUUAGGAAACCCAGUUUUUCAUACUUGAUUAGGUUUAGGAACCAGAUCUACAUGAUAAGAUUCAGAAAACAAACCAACUUCUUUAUGUUGAAACGGAAACUUGGUUAAUGAUCAAUCCUACUUGACUGGUUUAGGGCCUACACUGACUUGAUUAGGUUUAGAAACCAUUCCCACUUGGGCAGGUUUAAGAACCAACCCAUUGGAUUUAGGACCCAAACCUUCUUGGUCAUAUUUAGGAAGAAGUCCUACUUGGUUGGAUUGGUUUAUGUACCAAUUCUAUUUGGUUGUGUUUAGAGAGCAGUCCUACUUCAUUGGGUUUAGGAACCAACCCUACUUGAUCGAGUUUAGGAAGAAAUUAUACUUCAUUGGGUUCCAAGAAAUUCUACUCAAUAGGAUUUUUGGAAAGAAAUUCUUCUUUGUUGUCAGUCUUACUUGGUUGGUGUUGAAGAACCAAGCCUACUUAAUUGGGUUUAGGAACCAAACCUACUUGGUCGUGUUGAAAAACUAAGCCUGCUUGGGUAGCUUUAGGAACCAAACUGACUUGGUCAUGUUUAUCUGAACAAACUAGCAUUAGCUUUAGGAGUUGAGCUUAGUUGUUGACCAAACCUACUUUAGUUACAUAUCCAGUUUACUCAGUUUCGAAAACUUUUUUGAUCAAAAUAGGUUUGAACCAAAUUUACCUGUUUAUGUUUAGAAAUUAUUCCCAAAAAGGUUCUGCUUACCAUCAAUGACUCAACUAACACUACAAAAUCUACGGAUGUGACGGUAUUAAAAACCAGUAUGAAAAAAAAAACAACAACUUUUUGUUCAAAACAAACCAACAAAACACAGGUUGACUAUUCCCAACAGUAAAAAAUACAAACUGCUUGGUUAGGAACGCUUCCUACAUUUUGCUUAACCUAGUGAUGCUAACGUUAAACUCAGGUGCAAAGAAGACAAUGUAAAACUUAGAUUAUCUGCUUGUUGAUAUUUUUCUGACUGCAAAAUAAAAUUUCUUACUAAUAGCUUUAAUUUUUUAGGUGAAACAACUACCUGGCAAAUUAAGAUUUAAUUUUUUAGCUAAUGUAUUCCUCUAUCUUAUCCUUUACAGUUCAGAAGGCACAAUUUUCAGUUUGUCUAGUUAUUAAAUAAACAAAGCUACCAACUUACAUUGAGAGAUUAGAACGUCGUGGAUAAUGAACGUAUUUGAUAGUAUGCUUGUUCUCAUAAAGCAGUGCACCUUCUUAGGCUGGAACCGGGUUAAAAGAUCAGGGGAUUUGGUGAAAGUAUAUAGGAAGAGACCUACAUACAUGCUGCUUAAGUGCUGCCUUAUCUUUGUCUUUUUUUUAUUAUUGUGCACUUCUUUUAUUGUUCCACCACCAUGGAGGUCAACAGCGUUUACUCUCUCGUUGCUCCUCCGUUCAACAACAAGACUGCAAAGCAAAUUCAGUCCCAGAAGGCUUGAGGUGAUUGCACAAUCAGAACUUCGGGAAUUUGCGUGUUCGGUUACCCCAGAGGUUUUUGGGGGGGCGGAGCUUCUGCAGCAGAGAUCCGGAACUUGCUACAAUUCCGGAACUUUCGACAUUCUAAAGCGUCUGAGAAAUGGACCAAUGGGGCAGAGGGCGGGGCUUCCUCCGUGGAGUUCCGGAACUUGCUAGCGGAACUUUCAGACAUUCCGGAGAGUUCUAAAGAGAAAAGGACCAAUGAGAUAUCAGGCAGGGGGCGGGGCUUACGGUCUUGAUGGACUCUGCUUGUGCCACGCCCGUUUCAUUUCUCCCAACCACACCACUGAUUUUCAUUUUGUUUUCACAACAGAGAAAUAUGAAAACUGAAAUGGUUUAUUUUGCUGCUUUUUCUUGUAUACGUUUUCAAGUUGAAAGUUAUAGAUUGCAAUAGUUUGUACUGAGUGAGAUUUGAGUUAUGUCAAUUCUUUUUUUAAAAAACAUUUUUUAUAGCAUAAGGAGCAUUAAUAGGGUUAUUAAUAGGUGUGUAUUAAUUUGUACAUUAUUCCUUAUCAGACUAUGGGGAAAUAGCUAUUUACAUCAACUAAUAACCUAUUAUUAAUGUUAUUGUAUGAAUAAUAUUGUUGGUAUAAGAUAUUUGAAAUGCUAUUUUUUAUUCUAUUGCAGAUUUAGUUUUUAGCCUACAUGAGAAUGUCUUUGGUAAAUAUUGGAUGUAUUUAGAAUGUUAUGAAUUUCAGUUUAUAUUGUAAACAGUGUUUAAAAUGUUGAUAUUGUUGAUUUGAUUACUGUAAUAAUUAUUAUUUUUGUUAUCCAGACUUAUUAUCACUGCAUUUUAUUUUACAUUAAUUAUGGAAACAGAAAGCACUUGCCAGAUAUGUUUAUUUUUUAAGUGCCAUGCGACUACAGUUCAAUCUUCCUUUCAACCUGUUGGUUUCUGAGUCUGUCUUUUGUCCUUCUGUACAUAAUUUGCAAUUCUUUUUACAGGAAGAAAUGUUCAUUUAGUUUAAUUAUGAAUGUCUCGUGAUAGUUUUUCCAUUUUCUUUUUUUUUUUUUUUGUUACCAAGACUGCUAUGUGUACUCCUGUAAUAAACCACAAAGAAAAAAUA